UAUUUGCAAUCCAUGGAUUGAAAAAGAGAACCACAGUCCAAACAUCCAGACGGGUCGAAACCCCGGGAAGCCGCCCAUUGCGUCCCCGAAGAGGUUCUCCUCCCUUUAAUAUAAACGCAGGCCCAUGAAAGCAACGACAAUCACAUAAUCACGGCGGCGGAGAGCCGUCUGAAGGCGGCGACACGCACCCGCACGCUGGGGGAAGACGAGGAGACGACACACAACGAUAACUGGAAUGCUUUCAUCCAGUGCUGCUCUGCCGGCCUCUUACGGUGCUCGUGAUGCUGGCGCUGCGGGAGCUUUUGCGGGCUACCCUGCACAAGCCCACCCCGUACAGCAACAACAGCAGCAGAUAUUGACCACCAGCCCUCCGCCGGAAACGCAGGCGAGACGGGUUGAUGUUUGACAAGCCAUGUUUUCACCCCGCACUGGUCUGCCGUUGGGAACUCCGGCCCCUGUGGGUGCUCCCGAUGCUGGGGCCGCCGGAGGUUUUGCGGGCUACCCUGUACAAGCCCACNCGUCCGCCGGAAACUCAGGUGUACGUUCCGGCUGUGUUAAAGGCGAAGCUGGAGGCAGUGCAGACGGAGGGAAGGACGCUUGAAGACGUGGAGGAGGAGGUGGUGAGUUUGUGCGCCGGUGAAGGGGCGAUCCUUUCUACCGCGAAGUCGACGAGGUGUCGCGACGGCGCAACGGAUCGUGUGGACAUGAAGAAGCUGAUUUGUACCCGAGGCGGGAAGAGCCGGCAAGCGGAGUACGAAACCAGUCUCGACACCGCACCUGGGGUACAACGGCGGAACGUAAAGGGAAGCGCGAGGACUGGUUGUCCGUUUGAGGUUAACGUCCGGCACGCGAAGUCCCACAGGUGGCCAAGGAUUAGCAACAUGAAGCUCACGCACAACCACAGCGUCGACCGCAAGGCCAUCGACGUCAUGGGAUGAAGCCAAAAGAGGUGACAGAAGCAAUGAAGGCGUUGCAUGAGCACAGCGACAUCGACAUCAACAAGCGCGCGGUGCCGAACGCGGCUGCUACUGUGCACGGGGCGGAGAAGCCGAGAGAUGCCGCCGAUGCGUACGAAGAGGUGUGUCCAUGUGUCCGUUGAGAGUAUUGCCUCUCUUGUUUGCGUGUGGGAUGUUGGGUUUUGCUCAAGGCGGGAACCGGGCGCGAGACACACACGAUCGCAGGUGACAACUGGGAGAGUAUAUGCCCCAUGACACCAAACCAAGAAAUGUUGGCGGUAAAAAAUAUGUUCCGUGCCGUCGUCGUGGAUUGCGCUGAUGCCCUCGAUGUUUCCGGGCGCUUAACAUGUUGCAAUU